CUAAUAGUUCAGUAGGGCUGAGGCUUCCACGGUGUCGAGCGUGGACAAGAUUUAGGAAAUAAGGCGACAUGCACAUCUAAGUUUCGAGUCGCGGCCCGUAUUUUAUCCGCUCUCUGCACCGGUGUGAAUCGUCGCGCAUUAUCAUCAUAACGUGCAGAGCAAUCGACGACGGUGAACAACUUUGUGUACAUAUCUCCCCGAGUAUUUCAUUCGAAAGAACGAACUAAUCGGACAUCGUUCAAAUACACGUUCAGCCGUUCGUUUGUCUCUGUCGACGAUUGUUUUUAUAUAUGGCUUCACUUGAAGAUUUGGAACAACUGGAUAGCGGCAUAGGUAGUUGCGACAUGAGUAGCGGCGACGCACGUUCCCCGGAGGUGAAAUCGCUUCUUCCCGAUGACGAGGAUGACGAAGAGGAUGAAAGUCUCGCGGAGAGGUUAUUGGGUCUCACAGAAAUGUUCCCAGACGAAGUACGUAAUUUCAGCUAUAAUGUCGGCACUUGUUUCUAUAGCUGUAUGAAAGGCUUGUACGCAUUUUCGUGUUCCGCCGCAUGGUUAUUCUUCAGUUCGUCGGCUAUUUUAUUCGCACCUGUAUUAUUCGAAAUAGAACGCGCGCAAAUGGAAGAAGUACAACGUGCCCAACAGAAACAAGUCCUCUUAGGACCUAAUACAGCAAUGUCACACAUUAGCCCUUCGAGUCUUCCAAUGGCUCCACCAGUGCAACGAUAAAAUGCAUGUUAAAUAUCAUAUUUGAAUCACCACGAGUCAGCAGUUCUGUUCACCAUUUACAUUUAUUAGUGUAACAAUUCCAAUGUGCAUUGUAAUCUCUCACCGAUCUAAGGCAUAUAAUUUUCAAAUAUUUCUUGUUUGGGAGCACAAAGUUUGAACAAAUCUAGUGAUUAGUUACCAAAUAAUGUCACUGGUUAUUUCUUCAUUUCUUUUUUUACAACUUACAAAUGGACAAUGGACUUUUAACAAGAUGCAUUUAUCAACACCACCGUAUUAUUUAGAUAUGAAAGGUGAAUUGAAUUGUAUUAGUAGUAAAUUGUAUCUUAUUUGUUGAAAUGAUUAAAAAAUUUUAAUAAUUCAUUGUAA